GGGCGGCAGCUGCCCCGCUAUUACGAGGUGCUCACAGCCCCCAUCUCCAAGAUCCUGGAUCAGUGGUUUGAGUCAGAACCCCUGAAGGCGACUCUAGCUACUGAUGCAAUGAUUGGAGCCAUGACCAGCCCCCACACCCCCGGUAGCGGGUACGUGCUCUUGCACCAUGUGGGCGAGCUGGAGGGCCGGCGGGGCGCCUGGGGCUACGUGGCCGGCGGAAUGGGGGCCCUGUCCCAAGCCAUCGCCCACGCAGCGGCUGCCUGGGGAGCUCACAUCUUUGCUGAGAAGGCGGUGUGCCGCGUGCUGCUGGGCAGGGACGGGCGGGCACACGGUGUUGUGCUGCAGGACGGGACGGAGGUGAGGAGCAAACUGGUGCUGUCCAAUGCCUCCCCCCAAAUCACCUUCCUGGAGCUCACCCCCCAGGAGCAGCUGCCAAAGGAUUUUGUCCAGCGGAUCCAGCAGGUUGACACACGCUCCCCUGUCACCAAGAUCAAUGUGCCCGUGGAUCGGCUGCCCAGCUUCCUGGCUCCCCCCAAUGCCCGCGAUGGCCAGCCCCUGCCCCACCACCAGUGCUCCAUCCAUCUCAACUGUGAGAGCACCCACCUCCUGCACCAGGCCUUCACCGAGGCCACCCACGGGCGUCCCUCCAGCAGGCCCAUGAUCGAGCUCUGCAUCCCCUCAGCACUGGACCCAGGGCUCGCCCCACGGGGCUGCCACGUCGUGUCCCUCUUCACCCAGUACACCCCCUCUGUGCUGGCGGCCUGGGACGAGCAGGCCAGAAAUGCAUAUGCAGACAUGGUGUUUGACUGCAUCGAAGCCUAUGCCCCAGGGUUUAAGGCAUCCGUCAUUGGCAGGGACAUCCUGACGCCACCAGACCUGGAGAGGAUCUUUGGGCUGCCUGGCGGGAACAUCUUCCAUGGAGCGAUGUCACUGGAUCAGCUGUACUUUGCCCGACCAGCACCAUCCUACUCAAGCUACCGGUCCCCAGUUCCCGGCUUGUACCUGUGUGGAAGUGGAGCCCACCCUGGAGGAGGAGUGAUGGGAGCAGCGGGAUGCAAUGCUGCCCGGGUGGCCCUUGAGGACUUCAGGCGCCUGUGA